AUGACCAGGUUCGCUCGAGCAAAAGGCUCGAAAGCCUCCAACGAGAGACUGCCCGAAGAUCCUACGCCGUGGAGCGAAAUGAAGGAGCAAUUAUUGCAGAAAACUCGACAAAUCGAAGAGAAUAAAACCAAACAGGCGGCUCUUAAUCAAAGAACGGCUAAUUACAAACGAUUUUUAAAGGAAAUCGACGAUGAUAAAUUUAAGGAAUCGAAGUGGGCCGAGUUUUCCGAAGAAUCGAACAAGAACCAACAAGUUUCGAAAAGUGUUAUUAAACCCAAAAUUGUUAAUGAUACGUCAUUGAUAGCUGAAACAGAUGGUGUGUUAGGUAAAGAGGCUAAUAGUGGAAGUGAUAACGGAGGCUCGGAUAGUGACGGAGCGCCCGAAGAAUUGAGCUCGAAAGUUGAAAUAGCAGCGCCAAAAAUCAAAACUAAGAAACCCAAAAAGAAGAAAAUAGUUAUAAACGAUGAUAAGGAAGGAAUUACGCCGAAAAACGAGCAGAAAAAAGUACAGAAACGCAAAUCGCAAGAUGACAAUUCCCAACCCGCAAAGAAAAAACCCAAAAAAACCGACAACAAACCAAAAAAAAUCCCCGUAGAAAACCUCACCGAAUCGGAUUUGAAGAAAAUCGAACGAAAGAAACAGAAACGCCUCAAACAGCUCGAAAAAAAGAAGAAAUUCAAAGCCGAACGGAAGCAACAGAAAGCCGAAGAAGAAGCCUCCAAACCGCCGGAAACCCCCAAACCACCGGCGCCCAACAAACUCCAAAAACCCUUUAAUCCCAAACCCCGAAAAGAACGCGACGACCAAGAACACGCCCGAAGAAAACCCUUCCAACCCCGAACGAUGAUGAUCAACGACAAACUAGUACAAGUCGACUACAUCGAUGGCUUCCCCGUCAAACAAGAAGACGCCGAUCGAUUGCGAUUACUUCGCAAACAAAUGAUCAGCAAAGGUUUACCCCGAAGCGAAAUCAACAUAGCCAUGAAACUCGAACGAAGAAGAGCCGAGAAAGCCUUCGCGAGAGAGAAGAAGAACGUGUGCUACAAUUGCAGGCGAUCCGGUCACAAUCUCAGCGAGUGUCCGGUGCUCAAUAAAGAUGAACUGGUAGCCUCAUCGAGUACCGGUAUUUGCUUCAAAUGCGGCUCCACGGAGCACGCGCAUUUCGAAUGCAAGGUGGUUAAACAGCAGGAGUUCAAGUUCGCCCAGUGUUUCGUUUGCAACGAACAAGGCCACAUCGCCCGGCAGUGCCCCGACAACGCCCGGGGGCUCUACCCCAAAGGGGGCGCUUGCAGGGAGUGCGGUGACGUCACGCAUCUGAAGAAGGAUUGUCCUGUAUACAGGGCGCAGCAGGAGAAGUUGCUGCGUAGCCUGAACGUCGAGACUAUCGGUGGUAGUAAUCCCGAUGUGUUGGAUGAUAAAACGGAUGUCGGUGGUGGUAAUUUCGUUGAUAGUAGGCCGAAUAAGAUUAUAAAAUUUUGA